CUGUUCAGUUACCUUGACAACACAGAUACGUUGUGCAACCGGAAGCUGCGCAUGGGCAAACUGGGGGAUGGAGGCUGGGAGAUCUGUGACGACCCUGGUUACCGCCCAGUAAAGAAUUGUAUCGUGUACUCGUUUGGAAUCAACAACGAUUUUUCCUUUGACGAUGACACGGCCAAAAAUUAUGAGUGCAAUGUUUUUGCCUUUGAUCCAAGUAUGAACCAGGCCAGUUACCAGAGGUCGCCACGUGUCCGGUUUUUGAGGAUAGGCAUCGAUGGAAGAGACUACAAAAGGGCAGCUUGGGACAUGCGUACAUUGACGAGUAUGAAGAAAAUGUUGAACCACACGGGGAGAGUCAUUGAUGUCUUGAAGAUGGAUGUGGAAAGUUCAGAAUGGCCUUCAAUCCCCAACAUAGUGUCAUCGGGCGAACUGUCCAAAGUCAGACAGUUUCUCGUGGAAUAUCACGGAACUUGCACCGAAAGGAAUGACUGCAUCAACAGACUGAAAAUAUUGAAAGACGUCUAUGAUGCAGGUUUCAGGAAAUUUUCUGUCCACAAAAAUCAUCACUGUGGGUUUACCAAUAAUUUCUUUCCUGUCGUGAGGACACUUUGCUAUGAGAUUCAUUACGUGAACAUUAACCUUAUGUGAGUAUUAACAGAUCUCGGGAUUUUCAGACAAACAGGUUUUGGGCCGUAUCAGUAUUUUCAUUGCUCCUGGGUAUUCCAUAGUUCAGGUUAUUUCACUUAGACAUUACCUGAGAACACUAUCAGAAUUGUCUUGAAGUACAUAUCAAAUGACCUAUGCCAAGAAUGUCACACGCUAAAUGCUUUUUUUGGCGAAUCAUCUUGCCUUGCAAAAACCACCCUGCAGAGAUGCCAACCCUCCCGAAUUUAUCGGAAUCAUCCCGAAAAUUGCAUGUGGAUUCCGUCAUUCCGACAAAGCCAAAUCCAUUUUGAUUUU